UUCAGAAAUGUUUUUGUUUGUUUUACAUGGUUCCUGAUCCGCAAAUACCCGGUGUUGUUUUUUGAUAGUUAAAAAUACCAAAAUUAUCAUAACUGAACGAUUAUUUUGAACAAAAGUAAUACGCAGAAUAUACAAACACUAAAGGUACUAUUAAACUAAACGAAACAGCAAUGGAUCACAGUGAUGACGAUGAGUACAUCGAAGAGGAAAUGUUACUGUUUGUGGAUUUCGAUAAGUUUAUCUCUCAAGACGAACUCACCGAUAGCAAUGUAAAGAUAAAAUUCGUAGGAAUAGAAACGGAGACUCCGAUUAUCCAGGUCAAUAAUGACGUCUACCAAGGUUCAUACGAUUUUGCCUUAGGAACGAACGUGUUUUUAGAGGAAGACACCGAAGCUAAAAAGUCGAUUGAUCCUUUAUACAGUCCGGAUCCGGCGAGGGUAUUCAAGUACUCCGGCCAAAGCAACAAGGUUCUCAAGAUGCAACGGAUAUUCGUCACACCAAAAACGGAAGUGGUCAACGUAAAAAACGAACCUGGAUCUGGACAGGAAACCGAUCAGUAUAGGGAGAAAGAACGUUACUUGGUGACUCGGACGUACGAAGAGGCUUUGAAUUUGCACCUUCCCGAGGGACAAUAUCCACCGCGGAGCAUCGAACCGGAGAAUAACUGCGAGCAGGUGGUCCUCCGAACCAGGCGGAUGCUAGCCGGUAGUCCCAGUUUGAGUGAUUGUGGCGAUGAUCCUGCGGAUGCGGAUUACGUCCCUUGAAAGGAACGUGGUGUGAUUCUUUGUUAGUGUUAGCGUAAAGUAUUUCAAACUUAAGGAAGUUACAAAUUCGACCUACAAAUAUAGUUAGAGUAAUCUUAUAAUAAUAGUUUCUAUGUUAUUUUUGAAAGAGUCCUUGAUAUUGUAAAAUCGUUCAGUUAUUGUAAAUUAUUGAAUGACAAUGGAAUUUGUGAUAAACAGAAUCAAUAAACCUUCAGGACGCUUUGCUUUAUCCUUUGAAGCUUCUGGCUAUGAGUAUAUUUAGACCAAGCAGGCUUUUCUUUUUUUAUUUGACGUUCGUUAAAUUGUAUAAUUUGCUGCAAUCAAAUUUCAGCUGGAACACUCGAUUUACAUGUUUUGUCGGUGGUUUUUCUUCCUGACAAAUGAGGUUUUAAAAUAUAAACUGAAACGAUAAAAAAAAAAAUAA